UUUCUCCACGUGCGCAUGGUUUCAACCAAUCACAGCAAAGUGAGUCACUGUGCUAAGAGACGGACCAAUAGCGCUGCGAGUCGUGGUGUUACAGCUCAGGAAUGCAGCUCGUCAACAACUGCUAGCUUUCGUUUCGCAUCAGCUGGAGCUGUUGGCGGCUUACAGGAGUAUCCUCAGGCUGUUUGUCAACCCGUCUCCAGCCUCAGAGGUGUCAAAACCAGCAGAAUGGCCACAGCGCAGUCGGUUUUACUGCUCGCAGUAAACAUUCUGCUGAUCUCUGAGUUCAUCCUGGCUAAGAGGGACUACUACGACAUACUGGGGGUACCCAAAGAUGCCACAGAUCGCCAGAUCAAGAAGGCCUUCCAUAAGCUGGCCCUGAAGUACCAUCCUGACAGAAACAAGGGCCCAGACGCAGAGGAAAACUUUAGGGAAAUAGCAGAAGCUUACGAGACGUUAUCAGAUGAUAAGAGGAGGCGAGAGUACGACCAGUUUGGCCAUGGCCCGUCACCAGGGGAGGGCCACAAUGGAGCAGGGGGAGGAGGUGGUGGAACCUACAACUUCAACCAGCACUACCAGUCCUUCAACUUCGACGAUAUAUUCAAAGACUUUGACCAUUUUGGUCACCAACACCAACAGCAACAGCAACACCAACACCACUUUCACUCCCAAAACCAAGGCCACCAAAAGAGACACUUUGACAGCCACUUCCAGGCCCACAGGGAGGCUAUGAACAGGCAGAAGAGGCAGUUUCAGGAAGGGGGCUUUGGAGGAGGACUCUUUGAUGACAUGUUUGAGGACUUGGAGAAGAUGUUCUCCUUCAACACGCACAAUACGAGGACUGAGAGCAGCUUUCAGAGCUCGGGAGCAGGGAGGCAGCACUGCAGGACAGUGACCCAGCGCAGGGGGAACAUGGUGACCACCUUCACUGACUGCUCCUGAGACAAGCGGACACAUAAACAACGCUCUUGGGACACUUCUGGGUUUUACUUGUGGUUUUGGAAUUGAAUGCUAAUGUAUCACGUGGUGGAAUAGAGAAUGGUUUUGUGUGGCUUUUGUGCUAUUCUAUGUAAUAUCCUCCAGGAACAAAUGUCCAAGUGGGCCUUUUUGACGGCUGCUUCCAAGCAAUAACUCACACAUCAUUGCUCUUAGCACGAUAUAUAAAAUACCUCUCUGUUUCUUAGCUCUUCAGAUUUAUUUUGUUUACUUAUAUUCCUUUUUUUUCGAUGGUACAAUCUUUAAGACUCAGGUAUGGCCUAAGGUUGUGAAACAAGGCAAUAGAAUUUAUUAAAACACCACAUUUAUAUUUUAAACCAUCAAUUCUGCACCCUGUCAGGCCAUACUCAGAUUGUGCUCUCUACAGGAUAAACCAUUCGCUAAUGUACAACAAGGCUUUGCUAAGCUUAGUGUAGUCUGGACUUGCAUUUUUUCCCUCUCGAGUAUUUAUAAAUAAGCUUUAAGUCUGGCAAAAAUUGUGAAAUUAUUGCAAGUCAGCAAUCAUCAACUGUUACCUCAUUGUAGUUCCCUCCUAAAGAAUCAAAUCUACCUUUACACAGUCAGGAUUGGAAAUUAAUGUUGGUCCCAUGAUAAAUGCUGGCAGAAGUUGUCUUCUCUUUCAGUUGUUUUGAUGGUUGAAAAAGCAAAAAAAAGGGUGAUCUGCCAGUGAAGCUGAAUGGUCUGAAACACAGUUUCCUGAACUGAUCUGAACGUGCAAUAUUCAUCACCUUCGCUCUUCAUGUUGCCUAUCCUUCAUAGACAGUGCUGAGUUCACCUCAUUGUCUAAUGUCUGCACUUUGUGUGUGUGAGUGUGUUUUUAUGUUUGUGUGUGUGUGCGCAAGGCCAUAGUGGCCUGACUGUUGAUUGAUUCCAUAAUGUUUGGAAAAUGAAAUAAAAAGUACAAGCACA